AGACGCGAGAGCGCGCGCAAAGCAAAAAACAACUCUGAAACGGCGUCACGCACGCCGGCCACCGGGCCACCGGGGAGCAGCGAUGAGCUCCUCGACGUCCGUCCGCGAUGAUGACGCGCCGGACCUCGUCUGCCAGAUCGACUGCGUCCACGGCAUGGUCGACGCGCUCUCCUGCGUCCGCUGGAAGCGCCACCAGGACGCAGUUAUGGAGCUGUCGGAGCACGGGAUCGUGCUCUCCGUUGAGGAGAGCGGGUGCCUCCAGGGCAAGGUCUUCCUCAAGCGCGAGCUGUUCGUUGAGUACGACUAUGGUGGGGACGGGAGGCAGCGGUUCGGCCUCAGCUUGGGUCUCUUUGUCGACUGCCUCAACAUCUUCUCCUCGCCAGGCCACGCGUCUGCUGUCGAGAUCCGUUACCCUGGCCCCGACAUGCAGCUUCUCCUCAAGUCUGUGGGCUCUCCAGAUGCAUGUCUGUAUGCAGAAAUCAGAACCAGAAUUCCAGAUACAGUCUCUUGGGAUUACCAUUUUGAGCAUGAUGGGAAUACUCCAGUCACUUUUACCGCCAAGUCCGCCGUCCUGAAAGAAACAACCGAUGACCUUGAAUGGCCAGGUUCCAGCAUUCAGAUUCGAAUGCAGCCAGAUCCUCCAACAGUUAUAUUGAAAGGUGAAGGUCAUGGUGACUUGCAGAUUGAGUUCCCCUAUUAUGCAAAUACCGACCUUCUAAUCGCGUUCCAAUGUGAUCAUGAAGUGUCAUACAGGUAUAAAUACAAGUUUCUUCGAGCAACUACCUCAAACAUCCCCAGUACUGUCAUGAAGGAGAAUCGCAGGACUAAGGUCUCAAUUGGGAGGGGAGGGAUGCUCAAAAUCCAGCACCUGGUUUCACUUGCCAGGCCAGGUAUGCCAUACUUCCGUAAUAUUGGUGGAGGAACUGAGCAGACAAGCCGAAUCGCCCAUAUAGAAUUCUUCGUGAAGCCAGAAGAAGAUGAUAAUGAUGCCUAGCAUUUGUGGAGUGUGUUAUUGAUAUGUAUCAUCCAGUAGGGUUUUUUUUUUGAAGAGUAGUAGGGCUAAUUUAUCGCUCAGCUCUUGUUUUAGAAACACCUAGUUUGAGUAGUUUAUGUGAAACUGAAGCCAAGUCUUGGAUUUUGAAAUGGCUACUAUUGUCUAUCUAAGAGGCAUCAUGUUUCUAAUCAUGUGAAUCCUGUUACUAUUAGACAUGCACCAUGUUCCUAAUCAGGUGGACCAUGCGUUCUGGC